AUGAUCCUCCUCAGCCUAAUUUGCCCCUCACAUGCUCCCCACAACACCACCCCAGUUGAUCCAGCAUUCGCUGCAGCCAUGAGGCGUUCCAAGGUUUUCUUCGCCCUGCUCGCGCUCUCGCUGCUCGUAUCCCUCGCGCUGGCGCCGCAGUGCCGCGCGAAUGAGAUCGACGCGGAAGGCGACGCCGACGACGUCAAAGACUUGUCGGACGCCGCCAUUUCCGCCGACGCGGCUCCGCCUCCCGGUCUCGUGGGCAAACUGCUGGGCGCGAGCAGGCGGUUCCUGUAUUCGCCGCGCAUGCUGUCGUGCAAGUCUGACUGCAAGGAGAAGAACAAGAAGUGCAACACGGAUUACAGCGAGUGCAAGCGCGAGAACAAGGACGACAAGCAUGACCACCACAAGAAGUGCACCAAGAAGUACAAGAAGUGCAAGAAGAAGAUCAAGAAGUGCCGCUCCAAGUGCGACUAG